AUGGCAAAGCAGCUCGGUAUGGAGGCCGCCCUCGCCUUGCGGGUGCUGGAAGCGGAUGGAGAUGGCCUAGCGCGCAAGGACAAGGCAAGGGACCUGAUUUCAUUAGCCAUGCAGCAGCUGGAAGAGUCGUCCCAGUUGGCGAACAAGAUCAGAACGGCAGCGCCCAAGUGGACUCGCGGACACGAAAAGACAACGAAGUACAGGGAAGCCAUCGGCUGGGAAUGUAUCGGCUAUCGCCGCCUCUCACUAUGCUAUGCUGCGCUUGGCUCCAUUGACGCAAAUCCACGGACUCGGGAAAGGAUGUUCCACAAGGCCGCAAAGCUUUCCGGCAAAGCGGCGCGUGUGGGCAGCUGCAUGUCCGCCACCGGAUCGAGCGUCCUCCCAAUGUGCCAGUUUUUCCGUGGACAUGUGUUUCUUAUGCAAGAGAGCCGUCCAGGGAACAUCGGAAGUCUGCGCGAGGUCAUCGAUGUCGGCGCGGACCUGGACGUCGCGGACCCGGAGGGUUCCACCGCACUGGACCAUGCCGUACUCAGCGGCGAUGCCGAGACGAAGGAGACAGUGCUCAAGGGCCUCCGGAGGCAGCUGGCUCUGUCAGAAGAUGACCUGGCGGACCGGCGCACCGAGGCACGCUUGCGCAAGGCACAUCGCGAGAUCUUGCAGGAAAAGCUGAGACCAGUUCUCUAUGAGCACAGUAAGGACGCCGACUGCAUCAAGGAUCUGCGAAGAGCGUAUGCCGAGACGCUCGCCGCCGACCCCGAGAAGCGUGCCCUGUUUGACCAUCUGAAGUUCAUGCGGUACACAGACUUCAAGUGGUUCGGAAGACUGCCGCAUUCCAGUGACGGCCUUGCGCAGGCUUUUGUAUCGGAACAUCUGGGCGGAUCUAAAGACGACACGAACUCGGAUGCUCUCAUCUUCUUCUCCUACCGGUGGAUUAAUCAGGACCCGGACCGUAACACCCCCGACGGCGCCAUCAACACGCAGUACCGGCGGAUGAUUGAUGCUGCCGAGCUUUUUCUGGAGCAGAACCCUUCGGUCAGAGCGGAACGGCUAGGUGUCUGGAUGGACUUUGCCUGUGUCGACCAGGACAAUCCCGCGACGGGCGUGUCGGCACUCCCCAUCGUCACACUGUGUGACGCGGUUUUCAGCCUGGUCGACGACAUGUACUACGAGCGUGCUGGGUGCUGCGUCGAGGCCAAGAUGAUAUCGGAACUUACUCCUGAGAGGAGAUUUCCGGCGCCAUUUUUCUAUCAGGUUCAAACCGUACACCGAUGGUAUGAACACAUCCCGGCACCAGAGCCGAGUGGGCACGGCGGGCAAAAAUGGAUUCUGCAGCCUGCAAGACGAGGGGGGCUGCCCCUGAGGAAUAAGAAGCUCACGUUUGAGCGUGACCGGCCUAAAACUGUCCUCAAGAACCUCAAGUCCUUAUGUGGCUCGGGUUAG